AUGUUCAGUCCAUUUCGUUUUCUCUCGCUCGUUCUCUCUCUCCCGUUCUCUCUCUCCCGUUCUCUCUCUCCCGUUCUCUCUCUCCCGUUCUCUCUCGCUCGUUCUCUCUCUCCCAUUCUCUCUCCCGUUCUCUCUCGCUCGUUCUCUCUCUCCCGUUCUCUCUCUCCCGUUCUCUCUCUCCCGUUCUCUCUCUCCCGUUCUCUCUCUAUCGUUUUCUCUCUCUCGUUCUCUCUCUCGUUCUCUUUCUCGUUCUCUCUCGUUUUCUUUCUCUCUCGUUCUCUCUCUCUCUCUCUCUCUCUCUCUCUCUCUCUCUCUCUCUCUCUCUCUCUCUCUCUCUCUCUCUCUCUCUCUCUCUCGUUCUCUCUCUCUCUCUUUCUUUCUCUCUCUCUCUCUCUCUCUCUCUCUCUCUCUCUCUCUCUCUCUCUCUCUCUCUCUCUCUCUCUCUCUCUCUCUCUCUCUCUUUCGUUCUCCCUCUCUCUUGUUCCCUCUCUCUCGUUCUCUCUCUCGUUCUCUCUCUCUCUCUCUCUCUCUCUCUCUCUCUCUCUCUCUCUCUCUCUCUCUCUCUCUCUCUCUCUCUCUCUCUCUCUCUCUCUCUCUCUCUCUCUCUCUCUCUCUCUCGUUCCGUCUCUGUCGUUCUCUCGUUUGUCAGAGGUCCACUGUGCGGGGGGGUGUCAGAGGUCCACUGGUGAUCCCCGAUCGAUCCUAGGGAAGGGUUACAGGCACGAUUGCCUGGGGGGUUAUGGGCGCACUGACCCGCUACUGAAAUAA